UAACCCAGGUUGUAGCCUAUUUUAGAGCUAGUGUUGAUCUCAGUACCACUUCCCUUUAUUUUAAAGUUUAGUUUUAAACAUUAAGGUUUUUCCCCCCCAUUGGAACAAAAUCUAUUCUUUAAAGGAUUUGCGGCGGUGAAGAUACCACGUGGAUACCAUUUCAUCUGAAAACCGGAUUGUCAAAUAACGCGAUCUAUGCAGUGAACCCAAAUGAGUUGUAAUUUCCUGAGAUUUUGCCCACAUCCAAGGAUGUGAAAGUGCAGCCGCUUUGCCCGAGGUGCACAAUGCAAGCCAUUCAGACCAGAGAGAUUCAGGUCCCCGCUAUAACGGAGCAUUUUGUCAGGACUCCUUUUAAAGAGCGGAGCAGAGAGGCCGAGGGGAGCGUGAACAAACGGCAGCGGCACAAACAACAACAACAGCAGCAGCACAAACAACAACAGCAGCAGCACAAACCGCAGCAGCAGCAGCAGCAGACGUGGGAAGGCGGCGACUGCGGGCAGCCGCGCUGCACUGAGCAUGUCCCAGGGGGCCGUUCCUCCGGCAGCCUAUUAUGCAGCGCGGCUGCUCGGGCGGACGGGGGAGAGCGAGAGCAGGCGCUCGCUUCCUUCGCAUCAGCACCAGCGCCGCUCGCGUCACCGGAAAGCGAGCGCGGAUUAGCACGCAGCAGCAGCAGCAGCAGCAGCGUUAGCGUCAGCGCCUCGUCAGGAGGAGGCACAGAGGCCAGCGGCUGUCACGGGCAUGGCUUGAUUGCCCGGGGAGCGCUCCUGCCGAAAAACAUGGGGAACCAGGAUGCCAAGCUGCGGAGGGCAGCGGGGGAGGCCAGCGACGGUGGGGACGACGGUGGGGGGCCCAGGGAGGCGGAGAGCACAAAGAAAGGAUUUCACGGCAAGAGAUCGCACGGUAAACACGGCAAGGGGGGGGACGCUGGCAAGAAGAAAUCCAAAUCGGAGUCCAAAUCCUCGGUGUUUUCGAACAUCCGGAUCCGGAAAAACCUGUCCAAGGCGAAGGGCUUGUCGGGGGGCUCGAAGGAGGAUGUUUUGGACACGCGGGCCUCGCAGAAUGACGAGCUGGACAGCGCGCAUUCCCUUCAGACCAAAACCCCCGACCUCAGCCUCUCCGCCGACGAGCUGGGGCACUCGGACACCGAGCCCGAGCGCUUCCACCUCACGGCCGCGAGCCGGCAGACCACGGUGGAGACGCAGGAGGGACAAAGAGCCAGCUCGGGCUCCGACACGGACAUCUACAGCUUCCACUCGGCUGCCGAGCAGGAGGAUCUGCUCGCCGACAUCCAGCAGGCUAUUAGGCUGCAGCAGGGGGUCAUUAUUUCCACAGCUGAGGAGCUGGGCUGGAAAUCGGAGCUUAAAUUCACCCCGGCAGCUGAGCCCCAGCCCGCCCCCCCUGCCUCGGAGCAGCCCCCGGCCCCGGAGGAGGUCUCCGACCGGGAGAACGGCCUGGCGGUGGAGCUCAGCUUCUCUCUGGAGGAGGGGGAGGAGGCGGUGGAGGAGGAGGAGGAGGAUUCGGGCUGCGCUGCGCGGGACCGCAGCGAGGAGCCGGGGGAGGCAGAGACGGCCCUUUGUGCCGCGUCUGGGACAAAGGAGCCGGAGCCAUUCAGCGAAAUCGCUCAGCCCCCGGCAGCUGAGGCCGAGGGGAGAAACGGGAGCGCCGUUACCAAGACGACCAGCGCCAACAGCUUCCCCGACCUCACGGGCUCUUUUGAAAGCGCGGAGGAGCCCCCGGAGGAGGAGAAUGGCUUGGAUCUGCCUCCCAGUUUGACUGGUAGCCACGGCGAUGUAGCGCGGGGCCGGGAGGACGGGUCCGUGAACGGGAGGGAGGGGGUCAGCCAGUCCCUGGAGUCGCUGGGCAGCGGGGACCUGGACCCGGAGCAGGCCGACGGCCUCCCCCGCGUCCACCGCAGGAAGAGCAGCGUGUCCUUCUCCCAGUGGCCCUCCGAGAGCCCCCUGGCAACCCGUCUGCUCAAGUCCACCCUGUCCAACGCUUCGUCCCCGUCCGUCAAGCCCUACCCCCCCAUCCACCCGUCCUACAUCAAAACCACCACCCGGCAGCUAAGCUCGCCCAACCACUCGCCGGGACCCUCGCCGUCCCAGAGUCCCCUCUUCCAGAGGCGCUGCCAUGAGGAGGACCACAGGCUGGACAAGAGGAGGGCGAAGAGGCAGCGGGCCAACAGCAUCGCCGGCCUGCUCAGCCACUCGGCCGACUGGACGGAGGAGCUCAACAAGCUCAAGCACCAGAAGGCCGAUUCGGCCGACUACCUGGAGUACGGCGGCUCGGAGGAGAGGCUGCACGGCGGAAGCCAGCCCCUGUGCGCCACACGCAAGUCGUCCGGCGUGCAGGCCUCCACGUGUAGCUUUCAAGAUGUCUUCACUGGGCGCACCCUGCUGGAGAAGUUCUUCCGGCAGCAGGAGGACACCCAGCCAGAGGAAGCGGAGAAGCUGUGCUCGCGCAUCCUGGCCAUGGGGCUGCUCCUGCCCUUCAGCGACUGCUUCCGGGAGCAGUACGGAGGCAGCGCCUCCCAGAUCACCGCCAAGUUUGAUCAAGACCAGCUCUACACCUGGGCUGCGGUCAGCCAGCCCCCUCACUCCUUUGAGAACUUUGAGGGGCGCAUCCCUGGGCGUAUCCAGGCCCUGUGGCCCCCGCAAAAGCCUGACGGGGACCAGAAGCCGGGGCUGCAGUACACUGAGGCCGAGGAUGAGGACGAGCAUCAAUCGCUCAUCCUGGGACUGAAGAAACAGCAUAAAGACAGAGUAUAUGAGCUGCAGGAGGAAUCGGUGUUGAAAACGGUGAAGUUGAAGGAGGAGCACGUCAAUGUGAUUCAGCAGCUGGAGCAGACUAUCGAGGAUCUAAGGACCAAAAUCGCGGAGCUGGAGAAUCAGUACCCGUCUGUGGAGAAGGAUGUUUGCACUAAGGACCAGGAGUGUGGAAGUGAAGAGGUGGCGUUGAAGGAUUUCUGUGAUGUAGACCUGCAGACUGAGGGGCUGGCACCGAGCAGCCUAGAGGCCAAGUCAGUGCAGACGUCGCCCGUGGACGAGAGCUUUAAAUUUAAAGUGCCUUUACCGGAUCAAACGCCAACAUCAGCCCCUCCCUCCGUGCCCAGCGUAGACGGGGAAGUGCUUCUCCCGCCCCCCGCCCCCUGCCCCGCCCCUGGGACCCUCCCAGAGCCAGCUGUGCCCAUGUCCCCUAAGGCAAGCCAGGGGUUUGUUUGUAAAUGCCAGCAACAGCAGCAACAGAGUGGGAUUCAGCCCCCACCCCCGCCGCCUCCCCCCCCACUGCCUGGCGUACCUGUGCCCCCUCCCCCACCACCACCCCCUCCUCCCCUUCCAGGAUUUGUAGCCCCACCCCCGCCCCCUCCUUUGCCCGGAUUUGUGGGUCCGCCCCCACCCCCUCCCCUACCUGGCGGUGCAAUGCCACCACCACCUCCACCACCCCCUCUCCCUGGCUCUGCCAUGCCCCCGCCCCCACCUCCUUUACCAGGAAUGGGUGUUCCCCCACCUCCUCCGCCCUUACCAGGCUGUGCCAUACCCCCUCCUCCACCUCCUCCUUUGCCAGGACAAGGGCCAGGCCCGCCUCCGCCCCCUCCUCUUCCUGGAAUGGGUCCGCCUCCACUCCCUGGCAUUGGGGGACCUCCACCACCCCCACCUCCCCCUCCAGGGGCUGGUGGCCCCUCUGUACCCUGCAUAUUGGGAGCUCUCCCACCCCCCCUGCCGUUGGGACUCUACGCCCUGGGCAUGGCGCAUGAGAAGGCGGCCCGGAAAGGAGUCGUCGAACCUCCACGACCCAUGAAGCCCUUGUACUGGACCAGAAUACAGCUGCAUGCUAAAAAGGAAGUGGCUGGCCCCUUGGUUUGGGAGAAGAUUGAGGAGCCACCCCUGGACUUUGAGGAGUUUGUCGAUCUUUUCUCAAAAACUGCGGUGAAGGAGAAGAAAAAGCCUUUGUCUGACACCAUCACAAAAUCAAAGGGGAAACAGGUUGUGAAGCUGCUGAAUAACAAGCGGUCUCAAGCGGUGGGCAUCCUCAUGUCCAGUUUGCACCUGGACAUGAAGGACAUUCAGCACGCUAUUCUGAACUUGGACAACACCGUGGUUGACCUGGAGACCUUGCAAGCCCUCUAUGAAAAUAGAGCACAACAGGAGGAGAUGGAUAAAAUUGAAAAGCACAUUAAGUCCUCUAAAGAAAAAGAAAAUGCAAAGCCACUGGAUAAACCUGAACAAUUCCUCUUUCAGUUGUCACAAAUCCCCAAUUUCUCAGGAAGGGUAUUUUGCAUCCUCUUUCAAUCCACCUUCACGGAAUGUAUAUCUUCCAUACUCCGCAAGCUUGACAUGCUACAGAAAGUAUGUACGACCCUGAACAGUGGCGCAGGGGUGAUGCAGGUCUUGGGCCUAGUCUUGGCCUUCGGGAACUUCAUGAACGGGGGAAACAGGACCAGAGGUCAGGCAGACGGCUUUGCCCUGGACAUCCUCCCCAAGCUUAAAGAUGUGAAGAGCAGCGAUAACACGAGGAGUCUUUUGUCUUACAUCGUCGCUUACUACUUAAGGCAUUUCGAUGAGGAUGCUGGCAAGGAGACGUGCGUCUACCCGCUCCCCGAGCCACAGGACCUCUUUCAGGCGUCGCAGAUGAAGUUUGAUGACUUUCAGAAGGAUCUCCGCAAGUUAAGAAAGGACCUCAACGCAUGCACCACCGAGACCGAGAAAGUCUGCCGCGUCUCCUCUGAAGAUCACCUUCAACCUUUCAAGGACAAAAUGGAGGAGUUCUUGAGCCAAGCAAAAACUGAACUGGAGGCUCAGGAGACACAGCUGACUGAGACUCACAAAACUUUCUUGGAGUUGAGCAUCUUCUUCUCUGUCAAAGCGAAGAUGGGGGAGAAAGAGGUUUCUCCCCACACAUUCUUCUCAGUGUGGCACGAGUUCUCCACCGAUUUCAAGGACCUGUGGAAGAAGGAAAACAAAGUGAUCCUGCAGGAGAGAUUGAAAGCGGCGGAGGAGUGCUUCAGACAAGCGAAGGAGAAGGCUUCGUACAGUGUCAAACCCAAGCAUGCCUCUGGGAUAAAAGCAAAGCUGGGCAUGAAGAUCUGACCGGCACCAGAGUUGGGGAUGACUUUUCUUUUUUAAAAAAAUAAAAAAAAAACUAAAGACUGGAUUUCCAGGAAACCGUUUCACAGACGAUUGAAACAAACGGAAAAACAAAAACAGCAGUGUUUUUUUUUUUUGCGAACUCUAGCACUUAGCCUGUCAUUUUAAUCUAAGUGAGUUCUCUCUCUAAAUUACUAUAUUUUUUUCCCCCCUUAAUGUGCUUUGGGCAUUGUCGCCCUGCCAUCUGAACACCUUGCUUGUUAUAAACGCACACAGCUCUCAUUGGAAAGGUCACAUGGUUGAGUCAGCAGUGUAUAUUUAGACUCCGCAGGAGGACUUGGACAAGACUCUGGAUGGCGCUUGUUCUUCACGGAUUGAAAAGCAGAACAACCGAGCCCUCCACAGCUGGCCAGCACACACUCGCGCACACCUACCCCGGACACACGUGGACACAGACAUACACACACACAUGAUUUCUUAAAUUCAUCCAGACUUGAUAUUCCGAUGACUUCCUGUAAGGAUUUGCCAAACUGUCAUAUCUAUUCAGGUUGCUCUUACCCUUUAGAAUCCACUCCAGCAACAACUUAUUUUAUUUUUUAUUUUUUGUUUUGUUAAAGCAAUAUGAAAGUGUGUCUGGUUCAAGCCAAUACAGAAACAAAAAUAUGUGCGUGUCAAAAACAUGUAAAAUAUGUGUAUAGAUGUAUGAAAAGUGACCUCAUUGUAUUUUGUAAUGGAGAAGGGGGAGAGAAAAGAGCUUCAAUGUGACCUGCAGUAAUUUGUUCAGGCUAACCCAGUCUAGAUGGCAGUAUAGCUGUUGUUACAAUCUUGGUGAAAGUAGCAUUUUUUUUAUCAGGUGGUCAGAUACUUGUAUUAAUAGCUUGGCUACCCCCUUCCCCAGUACUACUUUAAGCCCCGGUUUUUAGCAGCAAGUGUCCAGUUGGCAGUGUUCUCAAUAUCUCAACACAGCGUAAUUUUGAAAGAAAGAAAGACGUCCCAAGCUGUUGUACAGUGCCAUGAAGCCAAUACCAUAUCAUCUCUGCGGGUUCUGCUUAAAUGUGUCCAAUGAGUUUAGAUAUUUAAACAACAGAAUUAGUCAGACUUUCAUUUUCUUCACAUAUCCAUUAGCCACUGGCUUUGAUCACCUCUAAUGUGCCCUUGUGUGUAACGAAAAAUCGCAGUAGACUUUCAGUCUGAAAAUUGCACAGUCCCAAAACUAAAGCCAGAGUGCCAGAUUCAAGGAAAUGUGGGUUGUGACUUUUAUGCAUUUAAAAUCUGGAAAAGCUGAUCUUUACUUCCAUGAAAAACUCUAAUGGUCUGGGCGUAAAAUAGUGAGCCAUCCCCUCUACUGAGCCAUUGAAUUGCAGAUGACUAAAUGGUCUGGUUUAGAGACAUGAAUCAAACAUUCAAAUUUAUCCUCAUUGGAUUUUAGUUAUGAAGAACCAAGCAAGAUUGUAGUAAAUUGUUGCCUACAGAAUGACAAGAUGUGUGUUGGGUAUUGAAUCGGCAGUUUGAUAUUUGAGCGUCACACUCUCCAUUAAGAUAUUUAAAGUAGUACUUGCACCAGAAUACAAUACUUGACUGGGUUACUUAGACUAUUUAAAGAUGCUAUUCUAUGUUUUUAUCUAUGUAAAGUAGUAUUCAACUUUGUAAUUUUUUUUUUCUUCUCUAUUUUACUUGUCCCAGCAUGUUGGUUCUGUGCCCCAAUGUUUUCAUCACUAAACAGUUCUGGAAUUCAAGGUUUAUCCCCAUGUGUGCAAUAAGUGUUUCUAAUUGGAUUUUUUUUUUUUUUUUUUUUGGGAAAAGUUUAAUUUAUAUAAAAUAAACAUAUAAAUAAAUGUAGCGUUUUAUUGUACAUUUCAGACUGUGUCACAACUGUGACCUGUAAUAAUGAUUGCCAGUUGAAAGGUCAGACAAACUACAUUACAGUUGUCCUUUGCUUUCUCGUGA